UAAUUAAUGGGAAUCUCUCGCCUGUGUGGAUCGAGGCGCUGGGACGAAUGCCCUAGGUCUUCAGCUGGAGAGAAUCCGCGAUGCCGCGAGGUUUUCUAGGGUUUUGGCGGGGAGGAACGAGGCAGAGGAUUUGCUAGCGGCGGCACGCCAUGGGGGAAGCGGCGGAGGCGCAGCGCAAGCUCUUGGAGGCGCUUGGCGACCGCUGCCUGUCGCAGAGCCUGCGGGAUCCUGGAGUCCAGCAAGGGUUGGAUCAGCUUGCCACGGCUUUGGAGGCGGUUAACCGAAACGGCGAUGGAGAUUCCGGCAUUGCGCAGUGGAGCAGCCAGCAGCUGGAGCAGCUCCUGGGAAUUCUCAGCGCUGUCGUUGCCUCGUCCUGGGAUCUAGCAUCAGAGGAAGGACAGUAUUCUUCUCUACAGCGGAUUUUUUUCCUCACUGCGGAGCUCUGCAUUCAAAGUCUCGAAACUCCUUCGUUUCGAUCGGAUGAGGCGAUGCAGCAAAAGCUCUUGCAGCUCUUGGAGGCUGUGACUUUGGAUGGAAAAGCUGAGAGGCUACCGCAUUUUUCUUCGGCUGGAGUUCCACCGGAUCUUAUGAUCAGUUUGCUGGUGUCUGUAAAUAAGGACGAUAGCCAUCACGGUGAUCGGGAUGUACAUAUCAACCAAGACGAAGGCACCGGGUGGUCUCAAAACAUCUUGGCCGUUUUAUCUAAUGACCAGCUUGUCCGUGACAGUUUGAGGAGUGGAAGUGAGAUAGACAAGGAGCUACUAAGCAGGCGGGGGCAGAACUUAGUAGAUGUCACGCAGCAGCAUUCGAUCGUCAGCUUGGGUUGUUUCCAGCGUCUUUCGGCACUGUGCACAGGUCUGGUUGUAGAUUUAGACGGGGACGGGCUAUCUUUUGCUACGGAGGUUUUGAGCUUUCUGGGGAACUUGGCAAGGCUCUCACGACACCGGGCUUCUGUUCAAGGGACUGUUACAGAGGUGGUUAGAUUAGCAUCCGCUCUGCGGGACAUACUAAAGAGCAGCACCAGGGAUAAACGGGUUUUUGAAGUCGACGACGUUCAGGAAGGGGCUACGUCCUUGCCUUUGCUGAUGGACGCGUUACUGGUUUUCUGCGAGAGUUUUUUCCCGGAUCUUGUUAUAUCUCAGAACGUGAGGACCUUUCUGGCAGCGUCCAUUCUCGAGGAAAUGAACGGAGUGAAACUACGACAGGACACAGAUUGUACGCCGCAGCUCGUGAGCUACGUCUUGCGGCUGUUGCAAGCUGACCAGUUUCAUGUUUCGGAAGGGCGGUAUGGGAGAAAAGUGCCAGCGGAGGAGCUGGUAGGCUCGAUAGAGUUUAGAUCACAGGACUUCAAACUGAAUCAAGCAAGAAGCAGGUCGGAACAUCUGGAGACCAUCUUUCCAUCGAGUGGCGAGUGGCUUAACGACCUCUUUGCAGCAGCAGCUAUUCUUCAAAUCCAAGGUGUGAAGUUGAAGCCCGUCCUGGAGAUGCCUUCGUCGAUCCACAGUGAGGAGGACUCGGCAACCGUUUCCAUGGAUUCCUUGACUGUGGCAAGUGAAGACGAUGCUCUGUUUGGGGAUUUGUUUUCAGAGUCAGGAAGGCAUUCGGUGAACUCGGAAGAGACAGUGCAGACUGCUCCAGCUCCCAGGAAAGCUGACGGAAUGCAUAACGCUCUUCUCCAGGCGUCAUCUCACCUUUUGUGCUUCAUAAGGGACUUUAUACUCUCCUCGGAAUGGCACAAGCCUACGUUCGAGGUGGUUCGGGCUCAUCUAUCAACUUGUCAUCUUGAUGAGUUAUUGGAGAUACAUCGAUCUCACACUGGAAAGCAGGCUCGGGUAGACGACCAGGAACUAGAAGGCAGUCUAGACUUGCUGGCAGAGCUUCAGAAAUGCUCCUUUGACGUGCUGAUUACUCUGGUUGAUAGAGGAGUUCUGUCGGAGGGAUUGCAAACGCAUCUUUUCCAUCAGAUGGCUAAAGAAGGAGACUCGCCCGGGGGUUUGUCUGGAAACGUGCUGGUACUGAUGGCAAAGGUACUCAUAAACCGGUUCUGUCAAGGUGUUACGUCGUCAAAUGAUCCUCUGGUACAUGAUCUUUGGAGAUCGUUCGUGGAUUCGAUUGUCGACAACGUGAAGAACAUCAAGGCUUUUGAAGGGGACUUGGACAAGGCCACGGCAGUACUUCCCUCCUGGUUUCACAUGGAAGUGUUGUUUAUGGCGUUCCACUCUUUGGAUUCUCCAAAUCGGCUGGCUAUAGUGAACCUUUUAUCAUCAGCACUGGCAACGUGCGACAACGAAAAGAAAGCUGCCGGUGCUUCCUUGGCUCCUUGGGCUCUUCUGACUUCGAGACUGGUUCUGGCUGCGAAGUAUCUUAUCUUCCACUUCAGCAGCUUUCCGAAGUGGCUGGUUUCGGACCUGUCGAAGCAGAUGUGGUUUCAAAAGUCAUCCAAGCUUCCCAUCCAGGAGGGUCUUUUCCCAUCUUGGGCUGCCAUUUUUGCUCGGAGGCCGGUCCAUCAUAUGAUCGACGAGCGCUGCAUUUCACAUCUGUUUGACGUGAGCUGUCCAGCUGGGGGGAAUCUGGUGAUUAGCAGUGACGUUGAAGGCCUACACUCGCAUCUUUCUAGUCUGCUUGAAGCUUGGACGGGGAGGUUUAUCACAAACGUGGACGAGCUGUUACUGGAGAGAUACUUGUUCAUGCUAUGCUGGAGCAUUCUGCAAGGCUCCAGUUUUGCGACGGUCCAUCCUUGGAAUUCUGAUACAUCUACUGGCUUGGAGUUUUUCUUCAAGGUGGCUAAGAGCGUCUCUGCCGGUUUCCAGCAGCAGUCAUCGGAUGGUGUGGGGCAGUGGGCGGAGUUUUUUCUACAGUCCUUUAAAUCCUUGGAAGUGUCUAUGCAUGGAGGCUCUAUCAAGUUGACGUCAUGGGAUUUAUUGAGGCAAGGGGCGACACUGGCCUUGCUUUAUCUUCCGCUUCAACGUAGUCCCCCAGAUAUGCUUUUUCACCAUGUUCUGCGUUAUAUUGUGGAAAACGGGCAACUAGAGCAACUCCUCCAAAGUUUGUCAUCCAUCGUGGGCUGGUACGUGAAAGCUGCCGACUACUGCCUUUCACAAAUUUUACUGGAGCAGUUUGGCUCUGAAGACAUUGUAUCUUUCAUCGGUCUAGUUUUGCGGACGAACUUUCCCAAGGACAGGCGGUAUGAUAUGUUGGACAAGGCUGGUGGUAGCUCGAGUGUCUUGAGGUCACUUCUACGGUGGGAAUCGUCUAGAACGUGGACAGACGAGCUCUCGAGCGUUGUGAAGAAAGCAGGGGCCUGGGAAAAGGAUGGGGCACUUUCUCCCGUUGUUCUGCAUGGCUUUCCUCUUUGUUCGUAUCAAGGGGAUGCAGCUCUAGUUUCUUGCAUGCUCACUUUGGAGGGGUUACUGCAAACUAUCGAGAACGUUUUGGACACCGACGGUGUAAAGUUGAGCAGCUCCCAGGUUGACGGGCUCCUAAAGACGAUCAUGCCGGUAAAAGUGAACUGCGCGUUCGAUAGACUUGAGAUUUUCUGCACCAACAUCUUAUUUGCGGUGAACUUACCGGAAGACCACGUUCAGCUAUAUGCUGAUGUCUACACGUUGAAGCAUGUAGAGUGGAUUCUCAAGAUCUUGUGUACGAGCAAGCACGUACCGGAGCCUCUGCGUGAAGGAAUAGUCUGCCAAGUUCUGGAAGUGACAAACACAAUAAGAACUGAUGCCCGGAGAAGCAGAGCCUUCAGCGUUCAGUUUGGUGCUUCGGACAGCCAGGAGGGGGUGAGGACUUUUGUGGAGCAAGGAAACCUGUCUUCGUACGUGGACGUUCUGGAUGGCUGCUCCAACGAGACCGUGAACAUGCAGAUGCUCCGGUUUCUUGUGGAUUUGCUAGAGAAGCCGAGCAGUUUCCAGCUUAGGUGUAGAAGCAACUUACAGGAGAAACUGCUGGCCAUGGAAAGGGAUAGACUUGGAACCUGGUUAGAACAACGGAUUUCAGGGUGUAAAAUCGGGGACAAGGAAGCCGUUCCGUCUUCACCCGUGAGAGAGCUGGCUGUUCGUUUCGUUCAGAACAUCAUCGCUUCCGAAGCGAAGGAGCUUAAAGCUCAUAUCCUUGAGGCGAUGCUCACGACCUUGGAGCGAGCAUUUACUUUCUAUGGAGCUGAGAUGGCGAGAUCUUACCUCAUGGCGAUCGUGCAGUUGGCAAGUGGAGAACCGUUGCUUAAAGAUGUGUCAAGGGCUGUGGUUGACGUGCUAUCAAAAGUUCCUGCUGAUGGCGAUCAUCUCGAGGGCCUGCAGUGGCUACUGGCGUUCUUGAAUUCCGUGCUGAUGGCAUGCGGUGCACGGAAAGUAUUAUUCUCGAGGAGUAAGCACCCUUCUUCUCAAGGCACAUCCUCUGGAAAGGCUAAAGUUCCUCGCGGCUCUUCCGAUCAAUCUCUUCAGGUGACAGAGGGGGGAAAUGCCGACUGUGAUGCUACCUCUGCCGACGAAGACGAUGACGAGGGGACAUCUGAUGGUGAGCUAACAAGCCUGGAUCGAGAGCACGACGAGGACGGCAUCAACACUGAGAGGCUUCUCGCUUCUAGAGUUUGCACCUUCACAUCAAGUGGGAGCAAUUUUAUGGAGCAGCACUGGUACUUCUGCUACACUUGCGACUUGACAGUGUCCAAGGGAUGCUGCUCAGUAUGUGCAAAGGUGUGUCAUCGUGGUCACAAGGUGGUUUACUCGCGGUUGAGCAGGUUCUUUUGUGACUGUGGUGCUGGAGGUGUUAAAGUGACCAACUGCCAGUGCCUGAAGCCACGGAAGUAUACAGUAUCUCCAAUGCCGUCUGCAAAGCUUGUCAGUAGUACGCCGGAGCAGCAACUUUUUCCGAUUCACGAGAGGUUGCAACUUUCUGACAGCGACUCAGAGACAGAGUCGGAUGACAACAGAGAGAACCAGGAAUUCUUUCAGCUCUCCGUCUCCGAGCGCGACGAGAAGGACAUUCUUCUUUUGCUUUCAAACCUUGAUUUGGAAGGCCAGCUUCUCGAGCUUUGUAGAAGGCUUUUGAGCUCCUUCAGCCAUGGUUUCCAGGCCGCUGGAAAUGACGAGAUACAGCUCGGUCAAGAGAAAGUACUACAACUGAAGAAUGAUAUUUUCCAGCUGAAGCGAGCCUACAAAAGCGGUUCUCUUGACAUGAAAAUCAAGGUGGACUAUCCGAACUCUCGAGAAUUAAGAUCUCACUUACUGAACGGAUCCCUUUCGAAGUCGCUUCUUACGAUAAGUAGCAGAGGAAGGCUUGCAGCUGGAGAGGGUGACAAAGUGACGCUGUUCGACGUUGGACAGCUUAUCGGUCAGCCUACUGCUACUCCGGUGAUAGUGGACAAGACGACCGUGAAGCCGCUAUCUAAAAACUCUGUGCGCUUCGAAGUGGUGCAGCUCGUAUUCAACCCGGCUAACGAGAGCUACCUCGCAGUUGCUGGCUACGAGGAUUGCCUCGUCUUUACGGUGAGUCCAAGGGGAGAAGUGACGGACAGGCUUGCUCUCGAACUCGCUCUACAAGAUGCUUAUAUCCGUCGGGUGACUUGGCUGGUCGGAUCACAGGUGGAGUUAAUGGUGGUCACCAACAAGUUUGUGAAGAUUUACGACCUGUCGCAGGACAAGAUCAGUCCGAUGCAUUAUUUCACUGUGCUCGAGGACGAGAUUGUUGAUGCCACACUUGGUGCUGUUAGUCACGGGCAGAUUUUGGUUCUGGUUCUGUCACAGCAAGGCGCGCUUUACACCCAACGUAUCUCCAAAGGAAGUGACUCUGGAGCUCGUAUAUUGACGGACGUGGUUCAGAUUCCAAAACAGGGCCGACCGGUAAAAGGUGUCUCCGUCCACUAUUCCUCGUCUCUGAAGCUCCUGUUCGCCUCCUUCAGCGAUGGCUCCACUCUGCUUGGACGCCUGAAUGCUGAUGCAACUGCUUUGUCCGAAGUUUCCAGUGUUAUCGAGACCGAUCAGGAUAACAAGAGCAAGACCGCUUGUCUUCAUCACUGGAAGGAAGUCUUUGACGGCAGCGGCUUGUUUUCCUGCCUGUCCAGCCAGAAGAGUAACUCGGCUUCAGUUGUUCAUGUUCGAACGAAUAGCCUGGAGGGACAGCAUUUGCGAGUGGCAGGAUCUUUGAGAGUGGACGGUAUUUCUUCGUAUAGGUCCAUGGCAAAGGAGCGAAGUCACGUUCUGCUUCUGUACGACGACGGUAGCAUGCAUGUGUUUCAACAUGUUUCUUCCAGUGCUGAGACAACAAUGAAAAAGCUGGGUGCUGCCAUCCUCAGUACCCGGUCCGUGAGUCCUGCGGUAUUUCCUUUGGACUUUUUUGAGAAGACAACUUGCAUCACUUCGGACAUCAAAAUCGGUGGUGAUGUCCUCCGGAACGAUGAUGCCGAGAGUGUGAAGAGGAACUUGGCUUCGGAUGAUGGUUUUCUGGAGAGUCCUUCAGCGAGUGGUUUUAAGAUACUCGUGUUCAACUCAAACGUUGAAAUGGUGAUGGUUGGCUGCCGUAUCCAUGUCGGCAACACAUCUGCUAGCCAUAUUCCGUCGGAAGUGAAACUUUUUCAGAGGGUGAUACGGCUAGAAGAAGGUGUUCGGUCUUGGUACGACAUACCGUUUACAAGCUCGGAGUCUUUGACAGCAGACGAGGAGUUUGCUUUGACAGUUGGGCCAACAUUCAAUUCUACGUCAUUGCCUAGAAUUGACAGCUUGGAAGUUUAUGCGAGGUCCAAAGAAGAUUUCGGAUGGAAGGAAAAGCUAGAUGCUGUUCUAGACUUGGAAAAUCAAGGCCAGGGCGCAGCUUCUCAGAGCAAUGCUUUGAAGACAAGGAAACUACAGACCGCUUCAACACUUGAUAAGGUUUUCUACGAGGUUUUCAAAGCCCUGUCAGGUCUCUAUUCUCUCCAUCGGCUGAACCCGGACUCCGAACUGAACCUGGAAAACUGCAAAGGGAAGUGCAUGCCUGUUCUGGAAGUUGUAUUUGCAAGUGACAGACAGUCUCUGUUACUCUCGGCUGGCAGACAUGUAUUGCGAGCUUUAUCUUUGAGCAAGGAUGCGUACUAUCAGGCGAAAGAUAUGAUGUCUUUGUCCGGUGUCGCCCGUUCGUGUCCUCUUCUUGCUUCUAAGCUUUCCUUGGGUGGCAUUCGUUUGUCAUGGAUGGUGCAAGAAUUUACAAACCAGGUUCGGACGGUCUGUAAAAUCUCACUUCAUCGCCCGUCGAAUUUGGCUUUGUAUUUGGAACGAAAUGGCUCUUCACUCGUUGAAAACCUUGUCGGUGUUUUGUGGGAGAUUCUUGUCCUCUCCGACCAAUUGGAUGCACAAACAAUCAAUGACUUGGUGGUGCUUAUCGUGGACCUUAUCUAUGGCUAUGCUGAAUGUCUCUCGGCGCAUCUAUCUGUUUCGUCUGUCUCUCCAGCGGUCAACCUUCUUGAGAAGCUACUUUUCGCUCCCCAGGACGCUGUUCGCUCCUCGAGCAGCCUGGCAGUCUCCUCCAGGCUUUUGCAAGUGCCCCUGCCAAAGCAAACCAUGCUACUGAUGGAUGAUGGUGCGGAGAACUCUCGUGCGGGGUCGUUGCACUCGGACAGCGGAACCUCAACAGUUGCUUCCGGUCAAGUGAUGCUAGAAGAAGAUCCCGGCACUGCCUCAGUACAGUACUGCUGUGACGGUUGCUCUACGGUUCCAAUACAGAGACGGCGCUGGCACUGUACUGUCUGCCCGGAUUUCGACCUCUGUGAAGCUUGCUUUGAGGUUAUGGAUGGUGAUCAGCUUCCUCCUCCUCAUACACGCGAUCAUCCGAUGACUGCCAUUGCCAUUGAAGCUGACACAACUGGGAAUAGUCACGAGAUACCGUUUAACUCCAUCGAUGAUUUGAGUGAAGAAAGUCUGCUCCAGAUGGCUACGGAGCUAAGCCUGCAAUCGACGGCUGCUUCCCUCGGUUCUACCAUGGAGGCGACUGAAAGCUGCGAAUUUCCCGAAAAUGUGCCGGAGGUGAAAGCUGGCUCUUUCUCUGCAUCGAAAACGCUGGUGAACUCCUUGCUCCUGAGCGGACUGCUUGAAAACCUCCGAGGAUGGACAAAGAGCACAACGGGAACGAUGGCCAUUCCCAUUAUGCAGCUCUUUUACAGGUUGACGACUGCACCAUCGAGCCCGCUAUUCGACGCAUCUGGAGCUGUAUAUUUCGACAAAGUUGUCAAGGUGAUGCUGGACGAGCUGGACGUGGCAAAUCCGUUUUCAGUCAAGCAGCGGUCUGGUUUCGGAGAAGUCGUGAUACUUAUUUUCAUGUUAUUCACUCUACUUCUUCGGCACUGGCAUCAACCUGGCUCUAUACAUGGCCAACCGAGGGAGGGAGAUGGAACAACAGAUGCAGAGCUUCAGUACGAUCGCGUCUGUGCUUCCCUUCGGCAGCAGUCCCUCGUCAACUUUCUCCUGAACAUCACUCAGCAACUGGUUCACGUCUUCAAGAGCUCGUCUCGAGGACAGGACUCAAGCGCUUCGUCUACAAAUGCUCCCUGUGGUGCUUUGCUCACGGUUAGGCGGGAGUUUGCGGCCGGGAGUUUUACGCCGUUCUUCUCAGAUUCGUACGCAAAGAGCCACAAAGGGGACCUGUUUGUGGAAUUCUACAAGCUCAUGCUGGAGAGUGUUUUCCGGCUGACGUACAGCCUCGUACGGCCAGGCAAGUCGGAAAAGCUUAGUGACAAAGAGCAGUCGUCAUCCAAAGGAUGUCCUGGUUCCGAGCUGAAGCUAGACGGCUGGCAAGAAGUUCUUUGCAGCUACAUCAACAGUCCCCAUACGACUUUCAUCAGAAAAUAUGCUCGUCGGCUGCUCUUGCACAUGUGUGGAUCCAAGAGUCACUACUACAACGUCAGAGAUGCCUGGCAGCUCAACAGGGAGGUGAAGAAGCUCUACAAGCUGGUGCAGAAGUCCGGGGGUUUUCAUGUGACCGUUCCUUACGAGAGGAGUGUCAAGGUACUCAAAUGUCUCUCACUGAUUCGGGAGGUAGCUGCUGCAAGGCCUCGCAACUGGCAAAAGUACUGCUCGAGGCAUUCCGACGUGAUACCAUUCCUGCUGAACGGAUCGUUUUGCUUUGGAGAGGAGCUGGUUGUUCAAACGUUAAAACUGUUGGCGCUAGCUUUCUACUCGGGGAAGGACCUGCUAUCUUCGAAAAAGGACGCUACUGAGACGGCAGCCAAGGGAGGGAGUGAAGGGAAGAAGGACAAGAAAGGUGGCAGUGACGAUGCGAGUUUGGGAGCUGACAAAGGCUAUCUGGACAUGAAGCAGGCUGUGGAGCAGCUCGUCGGGGAAGAUGGCAGGAAUUUGAAAAACUUCCUGGAUGCUUUCUUGCUCGAGUGGAAUGCAGCAUCCAUUCGCUCGGAGGCCAAGACGGUUUUGUCUGGUGCAUGGUAUCAUGGAGAAGAGGCAUUCAGGGUGCUCUUGGUGACGCUGCUCUUGGAAAGGAUUCCUAUGCUGCCAGCAUAUGGUCAGAACGUCCAGGAGUUCACUGAGCUGCUGUCUUGGCUUCUGAAGAAGGGAACUCAGGAGAUAGCACUGAGCAACCCAGAAAGCGUGCUGGUUCAAGGGUGUCUGACGGGAAACACCAUCAUGAAGAUUUUCGAGACCUUACGCUUGCAAAACGAGCUCCUUGCGAAUCACCCGAACUCUCGGAUUUACAGCACUUUGGUUAGCCUUGUGGAGUUCGACGGCUACUAUCUGGAGAGCGAGCCUUGCCUGGCCUGCAACAGUCCGGAAAUUCCAUACAACCGGAUGAAGCUGGAGACAAUCAAGGCAGAGACCAAGUACACUGACAACAGCAUUCUGGUGAAGUGCAUUGGCAGCCACACCAUUCAGAGCGUCACCAUGAACGUCCACGAGCCGAGACGAUCCAAGUCUAUCAAAGUCCUAAAUCUCUACUACAACAACAGGGUGGUAGCAGAUCUUUCGGAGCUAAAGAACAACCGGUCUCUGUGGAAGCGAGCGAGAAGCUGCCAGCUGAACUUUGGCCAGACGGAGCUGAAGGUGGAGUUUCCUAUACCGAUCACAGCUUGCAACUUCAUGAUCGAGCUCGACUGUUUCUAUGAGAACCUGCAAGCAGCAUCGGUCGAAUCUCUUCAGUGUCCGCGAUGUAGCAGGGUCGUCACCGACAAGCAUGGAAUUUGCAGUAACUGCCAUGAGAACGCGUACCAAUGCCGUCAAUGCCGAAACAUCAACUACGAGAACUUGGAUUCUUUCCUCUGCAACGAAUGUGGCUACAGCAAGUAUGGCCGCUUCGAGUUCAACUUUAUGGCAAAGCCGAGCUACACGUUCGACCGCAUGGAGAAUGACGAGGACAUGAAGAAAGGGCUGGCAGCAAUCGAGGCAGAGUCUGAGAAUGCUCACAAGAGAUACCAACAGCUUCUGGGAUACAAGAAGCCUUUGCUGAAGCUUGUUUCGAGUAUAGGAGAGUCAGACGCGGAUUCACAACAGAAGGACACUGUUCAGCAAAUGGUGGCGCUUCCGUCUUCGUUUAAGAUCAACAGAAAGAUCGCGAUUCUGGGAGUUUUAUACGGCGAGAAGUGCAAGAUGGCUUUCGAUUCCGUCAGUAAAAGCGUUCAGACGUUACAGGGUCUUCGAAGGGUGCUGAUGUCUUACCUGGAAAGGAAGAGAAGUCCAGGAUCUUUUCAUCUGGCGAACAUCAUCAUGGCACAGCGGCAUCCAAACCGUUGCUUUGGCUGUGCGAACACUUUCGUCGGCCACUGCUUGGAGUGGCUACAGAUACUUGCGAGGAUUCCAUACUGCAGACAACAGCUUGUCGCUGCUGGCAUCCUUUCGGAGCUGUUCGAGAACAAUAUUCAUCAGGGGCCAAAGUCUGCUCGGAUUCAAGCGCGGACGGUUUUGUCGGCAUUCACAGAAGGCGACUUAAAUGCCGUCGGCGAGCUCAAUAGCCUGAUCAAGCAGAAGGUGAUAUACUGUCUGGAGCAUCACCGGUCGAUGGAUAUUGCCGCGUGCGUCCGUGAUGAGAUGCAACUCCUUUCAGAAACAUGCUCUCUCGGUGAUGACUUUUGGGAGGCACGGCUGCGAGUCGCAUUUCAGCUGCUGUUCCGGUCGAUCCAGGUUGGAGCGCGGCAUCCAGUUAUUGCCGAGCACAUCAUUCUUCCAGCUUUGAGAAUUAUUUCUCAGGCAUGCACUCCUCCAAAGACUGACAUUCCUCAGGCUACUGAACCUGGAGGGUUCUCGGUGAAAUCUGUUGGUUCUUUCGUGAAGACGGCUGCAAUACUUCAGGAGACACCGGUUACCAGGCCUGCCAAGGAAAACGUAGAGAAAGACAAAGAGCUGGAGAACACGCCGAAGGCCCAGGAUUUACUACUAGUAAACUACCUGGAGUGGAAGAAUGGUGCGACGUAUGUUGAUUUUGUGAGACGACUGACCAUAUCUCAGAACGUCAAGCCCGCUCAAAAAUCUCGAAAAGACUCGAGAAAAUCUGAUGCCUUGGCUCUUAAAUAUAUCCUACGAUGGAAGCGAAAAGCUUGCAAAGUUUCUCUUACCGAGGACCUCAAGUGCUUUGAAGAUAGUAGCUGGGUUCGUGAGCUUGUUCUAAGUGCAUGCUCCCAGCCAAUUCGUCAAGAGAUGUGCGCUUUGAUCGAGGUGCUGUGCUCUCAGAGCGUAGCUCGGAAAUCCAAGUUCCUGGACCUGUUUAUGAACCUGCUGCCUGCUUCGAGAACUGCCGGAGAGAGUGCAGCGGAAUACUUUGAUCUGCUGUUCAAAAUGAUCGAGGAUGAAGAUGCGCGCUUAUAUCUUACAGUUCGUGGCUUUCUGCGGACCGCUUGCAGUCUUAUCAGUGAAGAGGUAGUCCGGGUAGAAGCCCAGGAGCGAAGCUUCCAUACGGACAUCUCACAGGGCUAUACUCUACACAAACUUAUCGAGCUACUGAACAAAUUCCUGCAAGUUCCGAACGUUAGGAUAAGGUUUAUGAAGGAAGACUUGCUGUCACAAAUUUUGGAAGCUCUUUUGGUGAUCAGAGGUCUGGUUGUUCAAAAGACGAAGCUGAUAAGUGACUGUGGACGGUUACUACGCGAGCUUCUUGACAACCUGCUUCAGGAAAGCGACGACAACAAGAGACAUUUCGUUCGUGCAUGUAUUUCCGGUCUUCAGACUCCUGAUCACGACAGAAAAGAUCGCAGAUGCCUGUUUAUUCUUGAACAACUCUGCAAUAUCAUCUGUCCGGCCAAACCGGAGCCUGCAUAUAUGCUUGUUCUCAACAAAGCUCACACGCAAGAGGAGUUUAUCCGUGGCUCGAUGACGAAGAAUCCCUACUCGAGCUUAGAAGUUGGUCCACUUAUGCGUGACGUGAAGAACAAAAUCUGUCAACAGCUGGAUAUGAUUGCACUUUUGGAGGAUGACUACGGCAUGGAGCUUCUUGUUGCAGGAAGCAUCAUCUCUUUAGAUCUUAGUGUUGCGCAGGUAUAUGAGCAGGUUUGGCGGAAGGCGCAUUCGCAGGUGGCGAAUUCGGCAAUAGGAACGAGCCUGUUAAUGUCUGCUUCUGGAGUCUCCGGAAGAGAGUGUCCACCAAUGACCGUGACAUAUCGACUCCAGGGACUGGACGGUGAGGCAACAGAACCAAUGAUCAAGGAGCUAGAUGAUGAUAGAGAGGAAAGUCAGGAUCCAGAAAUCGAGUUUGCAAUUACUGGAGUCAUGAAAGAUAGCGGUGGGCUGAAGGAGCUACUGAGUAUGGUUGAGCAUUUUACGGACGAAGAACUGAAGUCUGGUCAGGAACAAGUUGCGUUGGUUUUGAAGCUACUCAUGUUUUGCUGCAAGAUUCGGGGUAACCGGCAGGCUCUUCUUCAGCUUGGUGCCUUGGAUGUUCUCCUGGAGACGGCCAACAAAUCCUUCUCUUCAGCCGAAUCUGUGGAGCGACUGCUACUCAUCGUGGAGUGUCUGGUCACCGAGGCCAACGAAAGUGACGUUGGAGUGACCGAAGGCGCUCUGAGCACAACAAGAGCCGGCAUUGCCAGAGGGGAACAAGCUGCCAAGGGUGUUCUAAUGUUCCUGGAGCGGCUCUCCAAUCCCAGCAGCUACAAGCAGUCUAAGCAGCACAAGAACAGUGACACAGCCGCAAGAAUACUACCGUAUCUAACUUAUGGAGAGGAAGCGGCAAUGGAAGUAUUGGUGGAUCACUUCCUGCCUUACUUACUGGACUGGGGAGCUUUUGAUAAGCUGCAAAAGGAGCACGGUGAGAAUCCGAAGGACGCUUCACUGGGUCAGAAAGCAGCCUUUCAUCAGUUCGCUGUUGAGAAUUUUGUGAAGGUAACGGAGUCGAUCAAGCAAAACGACAGUGGCGAGCUACUUAAAAAUCUCAUACUUGAGAAGAAGAUACUGACUGUUGCCAUACGGUAUCUGAAAGACGCAUUUCCUUUUACUGAAAAGAAAACAGAUCUUCGGUCGUCACCCGAGUGGACACGAUCUUUGGAGCUUCCAUCGGUUCCGAUUAUCCUGUCCAUGAUGAGAGGAUUAUCUAUCGGUCACUGCAAGACUCAAGAAUGUCUUGACGAGGAAGAAGUUCUUCCUUUGCUCCACGCACUGGAGGGCAUGCCAGGAGAAAACGAGAUUGGAGCAAGAGCAGAAAAUUUGCUGGACACGCUAUCCGAUAAAGAGACUUGCGGUGAAGGAUUCCUUGCCGAGACGAUCCUGAAUUUAAGGGAGACAACACGGGACGAGAUGAGACGACGUGCUUUGCAACGAAGGGAAGAGUUACUACAGGGGCUGGGAAUGCGCCGAGAGCUGAGGUCUGAUGGAGGUGAGCGCAUUGUCAUAUCAAAGCCUCGAAUCGAAGGCCUUGAAGACGUAGAAGAGGAAGAAGCGGGACUGGCAUGCAUGGUUUGUCGGGAAGGCUACAAACUGCGGCCAACAGAUAUGCUGGGAGCUUACUCGUACAGCAAGCGUGUAAACAUCGGUUCUGCGACUGUCCACGGUCGUCCAGAGUGGGUCUACACGACGGUCAGUCAUUUCAACGUCAUUCACGUCCAGUGCCACCAAGAGGCAAAGCGAGCCGACGCCUCCCUCAAGAAUCCCAAAAAGGAGUGGGAAGGCGCAGCUAUACGCAACAACGAGACCCUGUGCAACGAUCUCUUUCCUCUGCGUGGCCCAGCAGUCGCGCUUGCGCAGUACUCCCGGUGCGUUGAUACUUUCUGGGACAACUUAAACGCCCUCGGACGUGCGGAUGGUAGCCGGCUGCGCUUGCUCACUUACGAUAUCGUCCUGAUGCUGGGCCGCUUUGCAACGGGGGCCUCGUUCAGCGUCGAUAGUAAAGGUGGUGGCAAGGAAAGCAACUCGAGGCUCUUACCUUUCAUGGUACAAAUGGCCCGACAUCUCUUGGACCAGCAGGGGCCGAGCCAACGCCGUGUUCUCGCAAAAUCCUUACAGACGUUCCUCCAGGCAUCGCCUCCCGAGACUGACGCCACCACUACUCCUCUUUCGAGAACCAUCUCCAGCCCCGGCACGCCGGCCAGAUCGGACGAGACAGUGCAGUAUAUGAUGGUCCAGUCGCUGCUGCUACAAUCCCACGACGAGUGGCAACAGCACAGGAAAACGUUUCUCCAACGAGGUGCUGUCCAUGCCUACAUGCUACACAAACAGGGAAGAGUGCUGCUCCAGCCGGCUUCUCCUCUUCCUGCCUCGACAUCGCCAUCUCCAGCGGCCAGGAACCCGAUAGAGUUUGCUCUGAGCUUCAGCCCGGCAGCGGAUAUCAAGAGAACAGCGAGCUCGGGAGGACUCCAAGCUACAUCAACUCCAUCGCUCAGCAGCGAGCAGCUGUUUAGCAUCCUCCAGCCGAUGCUGGUGUUUAUCGGGAUCAUCGAUCAGCUCCAGAGAUUUUUCAAGAGCCGGAGUGGUAGCGUCGUCGCCAACAGGAGUAGCAGCGGGAGUAGCAGUAGCAGCAGCGCCGGUGGAACUACCGACGAUGGAACUGAGGCGUGGGAGGCCACGAUGAAGGAGAAGCUCCGGGACGUGAGCGCCAUGCUCGCCUUCUCCAAGGAUUUGCUCGAGUGGCUGGAGGAUAUGCAGAGCUCGGCGGAUCUGCAAGAGGCUCUGGACGUGAUGGGGGCUCUGGGAGAUGCUUUCUCGGCUGGUUUCUCGUCCUGCGACGAGUUUUUCAGGGACGCUCUCGGCUUGGCAUCGCUUUGAAAAUGAUCUUCCUAUAUUCCCAGGGACCAUGAAGAAAAAAGAAAAAUCUCCAUCGGUACGUAGCUCAGAAAGUUUCCGGUAGCAUUAUAUGAUGCAUUUCUUUUUUGUAGUGUAUCUGAGAGGGGAUUGUAUAUAAAAGAGCUAUACGCUGUUCAGUUAAAUAAGGAAGUACGUAAUUAACUUGUC